UCCGUCCCCAUCGUAAGACAUACCUCCUACCUCCGUCUCCUUCCUCCUUCCAAUUUCCCUCCCUCUUCUUCCUCGAAAAGCGCGGAAAACGACGACGAUCUAACCCUCUCUCCUCUUUCUCCCUCUUGUCCCUCGUCCUCCUCUCCGACCUUGCCAUGAGUUUUAUCACGGAGUGGGUUCUCGACGCACAGCUGCGGCAGCCACGUGACCACAUCUCAGAGAUCCGGCAAGUUUGUCACCCUCGGCUCAGUACGGAUCUCCGUCGUUUGAUGCGAUUCUUCUGCGACGAAGGUAUCUGUGCCGCCGCCGUGUUUCGGAUAGAAGGAAGCCCUCACGCGAUAGUGUUCGCGGAGGUUACUGCAGUUCAUCGACGAGCGGGUCCCAGAACGAGCCACGUUACCACAGUGGCGGGAUUCACCGGCGACAUCAGCUCGGUCAAUCCGCUGCGGCAUACCGCGAUUUUGGCCUCGCUGCGCGAGUGUACGGAGCAAGAGCUCAUUGCGCCGAUCGUGCAAUUGGCAGACGAUCUCUCGCCUGACAUCUACUUUCAGAGUGACAACAGUCCUGCUCCGUACAUUUUCGAGCGAUCCUUGGAUCCGUACCUUCAGUGGACUUCGUGCUUGGAGGAACCUAGGGACGAGGAUACGCUGCCAUCGCGGCAGGAGUAUCUGAAGCCGUACGAGAUCAUCCCUUACGCCUUCUACCCGAGGGCAGAAGAAGUGGUGAUUGACGACAACGACGAUGAAGAAGAAGACGACGACGAGGAGGCACCGCCGGAGGGAAGCUAUAGUGAACAUAGCGAGGGCGAGCUGAGUGAGGAGGAAGAGGAAGAAGAAGGAAUCGGGUCCGAGUGGGAAGCCCCGCCGGAGGAAGCGACGCAUACGGGAACGGAGGCGGAAGAUCCGGAAGCGGCGCGAAAGCGUGAAGAGAUUGCCUCCGGAAAGCGCCAGCUGGCCUUCGCUAGCGAGGCUAGCCUGCGCAUCAGUAGCGAUCCGACCAGGAAUCCAGAGCCGCCGAGGCCCGAAGAUGGCGACCCUACAGCCGCCACCUCAAGUAUCGCGCGACGGAGAUAGCACCGAUCCCCCUCCUCCUCCUCCAGCCCCACCCGUCCCCCAGUUCGCCCACGUACCAAUGCGGGCGAUAGGCCUUCGACCUCGGACGCUGCCCCGCCGAC